AUAUUCGAUCAGUAGCUUUCAGUAAUUUGAGCCAGGCCAUAACCAACCAAAAAAUGAAAACCACCCUUCAUUUUCUCCUUCUACUAACUCUCUCAAUGGCAUCCACGUCAUCAUCAUCACUACCUCCCAUGAAAAACCUUACCAAUGAAACCAUCUACACCAUCUCCAAACAGCUCUGCUGGAACUGCCUAGGAGAGGCCGUACGGUUCCUGUUCCAGCACAACCUGGUGAGGGCGGCCAAGUGGGAGGCCCCGCUGGUGUGGGACCCGCAGCUGGAGAGCUACGCCAGGUGGUGGGCAGGCCAGAGGAAGGCAGACUGCCGGCUGGUGCACUCCUUCCCGGAGGGGGAUUUCAAGCUCGGGGAGAACUUGUAUUGGGGGAGUGGGACCAGUUGGACCCCGAGCGACGCGGUCAACGCCUGGGCUGCAGAGCAGAAGUAUUAUGACUAUGGGAGCAACUCUUGUGAGGAUGGGCAGGUCUGUGGCCAUUACACUCAGAUUGUGUGGAGAAAAACGUCUAGGGUUGGGUGUGUGAGGUCUGUUUGUGAUGAUGGUGAUGUUUUCAUGACGUGUAAUUAUUAUCCACCUGGAAAUUAUAUUGGUGAGCGGCCAUAUUGAAUCAAUUACACAAAAAAUUUUUGACAGGUAUUUUUCGAAAUUACCACAUCAAGAUUUUGGAAGGGAUAUGCCAAAUGGGUGUGAAUCCUUUAUUUUUUUUGUGGUUAACCAAGAAGAUCUCCAAUACAAUCAUGUGUGCAUGUAUGUACACAGAGAUAUGUAUAAAAUUAAACUUAUAAAUAUUUUUAUGAUCUUAUUUGUUUUUAGUUAUUUUUUACUCCUAUUAAUAAUUUCUGUCACAAGUAUAAUUAUAUUGGCGAGCGGCCAUAUUGAAUAAAUACAAUCUUGUGUGUAUGUAUCAGUGUACACAUUUUAAAAGAGCUGAGAGAGAUGCAUAAAAUUAAAUUAAUAGAUUUUUUUUAUGAAAUAUAUAGAGUAUGUUUUUAGUUUCUUUUUAUCAAUAACUUCAGUCACAAGUUCACAACGCGAUCUAGAAAAUGUGUGAAAUAAAGAGAUGGAUGAGUAUUGCACUAUAGAUCUUCAUUAACUUUUGUUCUCACUUCAUAUGUGGAUAAUUUCAAAUUUUGUAUUGGAACUACUAUAAUAGCGUAGCGUAUGACAGCUUGUUUUGGGUGAGGAAACAUUUUUACAUAUUCGAGUGUUAGAGGAAGUUAAGUAGUUAACUAGGUAUUAAUGGACAUUAUUUUCUACAAAUUUGUAUGAUGAAAUUUGAAGCUGUUGUCCAAUAAUUAUGGAAGAAUUGUUGGCCCUCAAUCAUUGAUGUAAGGUAUUGUCUCAUCCGAUAACAUCAUCCCAUAAUAGCAAAUUAUAUCGUGGUGUACUGGUAUACCAAGCACAUGGUAAUUGAGAAAUUAGACUUCUUAUUUUCAUUAAAAUCAAUGUUUUAUUUCUUAUAAUCCGUAUAAGACAAGUUACAUUUCG